AUUUUAAGCUCAAAAGUCAAAGGAUUUUUGGCUUAAACGUACAAGGAACAGAAGAUAAAAUGAGAACUUUUCCGUUCAUUUUGAUAAUAAUGAUUAUUGUGAUCGCAAUUUCGGAUGGAUUUCCUGGUCCACCUGAGCAUAUUAAAGAGCAACAAAAUAAAAGAAGAGAACAAAAAGAAAGGGAAAAACAAGAAAGGAAGAACGGAAAUCAAAGACCAACGUCUGUCAGGUCAACAGUUGAUACAGAAGCUACAACUGCUUCUUUAACAACUUCUAAACCACAAAGUUCAGCUACAACAACAACAUCAAAGGUGAAAACAACCAUUCCUACUACUAAAUCAGUUCCUACAACAGCCACUAAGUCUACAACAGUUCAAACUUCCACUAAGGACUUGACAAGCUCAGCCACAGCCACUCCAGUGUCAUCAACAUCCAAAACCACCUCAACAACUACUUUACGAUCCAAUGCAACAACAACGACUAGCACCAUGACUGCUAAGCUAUCCAGUACUUCAACUUCAAGUACUGCAACCACAAAACCAACAACGUUUUCGACAUCAACAUCAACAACUGCUGUAAAAACAAGUACAACAACUACAACAUUAGCAUCGACAGCUACUACAACCACUUCUACAUCUACAGCACCAGUGGCAUCAACAUCGGAACCGACAACAACUGUAGAAAGUGAUUAUCCAAAUUAUGGAGAAGAUGUAAUUGAUGUUAGGAGCCAACCAGAAGCUGAGUAGUGCUGGAAAAUCGAGGAUUUUGCUGAUGAUGAGUUGAUGACUUGACUUGGUUCAAGUUUCUAAGCUUACCGC